UCAAGGUAACUUAAAAGAAAACUACCAAAAUGGCACAAUCCGCUUCGAAGUCCUGUGACAUCUGUAUGAGUGGACCAGGGCGUAAUUAUUGUGAGCAAUGCGAUCAAUGGAUGUGUGAAAAUUGUAAAACUUUACAUUUAAGGUCAAAAAUGUGCAGAAAUCAUACCAUUCUUAGUGGGUCAAAUAUCAACCCGGAAGAAAAACUGUUUUGCAAAGAACACUACGAAAACUUCAUAUUUUACUGCAUAGAUUGUGACAUGCCAAUAUGCAAAAUCUGCAGCGUCAAAAAACAUAAAAAGCAUGAUAUGUCUGAAAUCAACGAAUCUUCACAGGAAUUACAGGCUGAAGUGAAAAGGGUCAUUGACUCGAAGAUAAAAUCCGUCAAAACAAAUCUAGGUGAAAUUGAACAAGUCACGGGAAAGUACCAGAGCGACAUAAAAGAAGCUAUUCGUGUUAUUACAGAAGAUGGGAAACAAAUGAAGCAGUGGAUUGACAAGAAAGUACAAGCCCUCAUUGCAUCAUUGAAAGGAAAAGAGACAGCAAACCAGAAGGUCUUUCAAUCAAUUAGAACUGGGUUUCAAAAUGAUUUCGAAAAGUUCCAGAAAUGUCAGACUGCCUUUACUGAGAGCCAGAAAGUUGCCGAUGCUACUAAGCUUCUGACACAUUUGAAAAAAAUUAAAUCCGAAUUAGAAGUUGAAAGUGAAAAGCAGCCACCGAUCAUGCCGACUAUGAAAUAUAACAAAAAGAAUAUAACAGAACGAGACAUAUUCAAUCUUUUUGGAGACACAUCGUUCAAAGAAAUAGUAUACAGUGUAGAGCAGACGUCAAAGAAAGAGAUCAGAAAACAGUCAACAAAGUCACUAUACAGAUACGGAUGCAUCAAUUGUGGGGAAGAAACAAUUUUUGAACAAGAACCUAUAGUUAGGUUUGGCCAAGCAAACAUGUGCGAAUGUUCGAGUUGUGGAUAUCCAACAUUGUUUUUGUUCAGUGGAUAGAAGUAACAGAAAAAAUAAUUAACAAGGAAAAUCUACAUAACAAUUGAAUGGAUUAUCUCUUCUAAUUAUCAAUAAAUGGUAAUCCUUCUGACAGUAUUUGAAUCUUUAUUCAAGUAUAUCUGUGUACAAGGAUUACAAAACCUUUAGAAAAUAUGCAGUAAAUUGGACUUUAUCAGUCUCAAUCGGAUAUAUAUUAUUUCCGGUGAGAUGCAUGUAAAUAAUUCGGAAUUGAUAUUUGACAUAAUAAUUAUAAAACUGUACGGAAUAUACU